ACCACCACCACCACCCAAAAGAAGAAAAAAGAAAAAAAAAGAACCAAUAUCCAACCAAAAUCGCAAACAUGGGAAGAAAACCUCCAGGGACUACCAGAAAAUCUAGGAUCCCCAAGCACAUCACUAAGAUUUGCAUGACCUCCGAUAAGUACUAUGAGCUUAAGGUUUAUAUCAAGUCUGUCGUUGUCCCCGGCACCCCGGCUUUCGAAUUUAGGCGUCUGGGCCACGGGGCGAAUAAGAAAGCAUACCACCUCUGGCUCCAUAAGACUCUUGAGGAGGUUGGGCCUAGGUUUUUUCCGAGCGGCGUGAGGGGCCUGGUCUGGCCCGAAGAUUACCAUAAGUAUGCUUUUUUUUUCCGGUUUUAUUUUCUUUUGCUCUACCCAGCAAUUUUCUGGAGGACAUUAUAAUGGGCUAACGGUGGAACAAUAUAUAGAAUUUACAAGGCUGUUCAUCAGGUUGUGCGUGUCUUGAGUAUUGGGAUUAGGAAGAAGUAUUACAGGAAGAACCUGAGACCCGCCCAGGGGGGUAGUAGCGAUGAUGAGAUUGAGAUGGCACAAGAUGAGGAGGCGCAUGAAAGGGAGACUAGUGAUGAUACUGAUACUGAGGAAGAUGUUAUGGCGCUCGAUGAGGAUGAGAGAUAUGCUCAAUGGGAGCAAGAAGAAGAGAAGAUGAGGGUGAUUCUGGCAGCUGCGGAUCGGGAGAAUCAGGACGAUGAUACGGUGGAAGAGGGCAUGGACGCGGAGCCUAUCGAGCUUGAAGACCUGCUUGGUUUGAUGAAGGUAUGAUGACCCUGAGUACUCUCGGCUUAGUUUCCGAUAUUUUUAGAAUCUAACAACUAUCCGCUAUAGCCUGAGGUGUUUGCCAAUUUCCCGAAUGUGGAUGAUGAGUAUUUCGAUUGGGAUGAAAUCUUGGACCCUAGCAGCCCAGAACCGGUGAGUUAUCUGGCCCACUUAGACCAUUCCUAUCUAUCACUGCAGAAUUUUGAGGCUAAAUAUUUGCGUCUAGAUUGCCCGCCUACUCUUGCUUCUUUCUUAACUUAACAUCGGUGCUGUUGUGCGUUUAUUCGACACUUUAUGUGGCGCUUGUUUUAGCGGGACAUGAGUAGAUUGGGGUAUGGAGCAAUGCUUGUUUGAUUGUUCCAGACCACGGAAGCUCAAUAACAAAAAGCAAAUGAACUGUCUCUGUAUUUCUAGUUGAAUCCAAUUCGAUUUUGUAUUUUGUU